UUGUUAGCUACCACAAUUUACUAGCCGAGGACUGUAACUCAAAUGGCUGCUAUGAAAAGAAUUGCAUUCCAACGAUUAUUUGUUAACGAACAUUAUUACAACUGCAAGCACAAAACAGCUAAUGCGCUUCUUCCCCGGGGGCACAGAAAGAACGGGAGGAGGGUGUGAGCCUUCCUUCCGAGAGGGCACCUGUCCAGGUUCCCGCUGCCUUAAGCGGCAGCACCUGGAAACCUUAAACCCUGGCCGGCAUCACGCUCCACCCUUCCUCUUCUUCCUCCUCCUCUUUCCUUCUCGCCUCCUUCCAGAUCUCGCGAGACGCUCCCCUCUUUCUGGUUGCGCUCAUCAUAGGGCGCUGGAGCUGGGUUCCAUAUUGGGGCAUCGCCUCAAAGCUCUUUCCGCGCCGUGGGUCUCGCGAGACCUCUGCAAUCGGGGACUUAGGAAGAGGUCGGGAGAAGUCAGGCGGCGGCAGCAGCAGUAGCUCCUCCUUCUCCUCGUCGUUGCUGCUUGGCUUUGCCGCCCCCCCCCCAGUGCAAGCUCUGCUCUCCUCAGGGGGACCCCUCGCGCCCACCUGUUAGGCUCCCUGACUUGGGGCUGUGCAGGAGGCCGCGGGGUUGCAACCCGACAGACGGCGGGAGGCAGAAGAGCCCCGCUUGGCCUGGCCUUCCCCUCCGGCCGCGGGGCGGGGUUGGGGUGUCGGCGGCGGCGGCACGAGGCCAGUUACUGAGGCGGCCGCUGGGCGCGAGCGACCUCUUUACCCUCGGAGCAGGAAACCCCCUUUCUCCGAAGGGGGAGGAGCCAACGGUUCUGCUCGAGGGUCUCCCCCCCCCCCACUCCCGGCCGCGCUGGGUUGGGCGGGCUCGGGGUCGAGAUGACCCAAGAGCGGCCCAAGUUCUACCGGCAGGAGCUGAACAAGACCGUCUGGGAAGUGCCUGAGCGUUACCAGAACCUCUCUCCGGUGGGGUCCGGGGCUUACGGCUCCGUCUGGUAAGUUGCUGCCGCUCUCCCGGGGGCGGGGGGGCGGAGGCUUGGGAAAACUUCGCUAUCCGCGCGCUCCCUUACCCCCCCCCCCGCAGCCCUUCGUGCGUACGGGACAGCAGCCGCCACCACGAAGGCCUGUCAUUCUGAAUGGGAUGAUUGAUUAGCUGGGAGAUCCUGAAAGCGGCCUUAGAAGGCGGUGGAUCUCGCAUGUGUCCACACCCAGUCCUCCUUGCAAAAGGAAGUCGGUUAGAUCCUGUGAUUCCGAGGGACCGGCUCUCGGUUGCAAAUACUAAAAGAAAAAGCGUUGCCUGUUUGGUUCUCUUGCACCGUAAUGCUGGGGUAGUGCAAGUUAGCAGCAGAAGUAGUAGAGGCGUUUGAUGUACUUGUCGCUCCGUCUGCUGCAGUGUCUUGAUCUCCGUCACUUCUUCCCGUAACCGCUAUGAACUCAUUCCCUAUUUAUUUGGGAACGCAAAACCCGUGAAGUCCACAGUUGAGCAAUGUCUCUAGAAGCAAUCAAAAUGUGCACCAAACAGUGGCUUUCUUCAAGUUCUCCAGUUUUCAACAAAGGCAUUAUGUUAAGCAUCUUAUGCACGACCCUUUAUUUUGCUUUGUGGUGCCGAGAUCAUUGGCUUUGGUAGGAAAUGACUUCUUGAUUAUUUUAGUUGCAUUUGGCUUGCGAACUGUUGGGUGUUUAAUGAGGUUUGGUUUUUUAGCAGAAUCUUGAAAACAAACAUAAAGCAAUAUUAUCAACACUGCACAAUUAAAUAACUUGUAAUUAGUCUUAUUAUUUUUUGCAUUUUUAUUCCAGCACUCCUUGAAGAAGCUAAGGGUUAUGUACAUAGUUUCUUCCCCCACCCUUUUUUAUUCUCACAAGUCUGUGAGGUAGGAUAGGCUGGUAUCUCAAUAAACACCAUGAACCUGCAUCUCCCCCAGUUUCUUACACUGAUCUUGCUGGGAAUGAGAGUAGGGAAUAAGAGUUUACUUGCAAGUGGGGAAGAUGUGUACUGAAGAGGUUAAGUGCAAAGCUGCUGAAGGAAAAACAGCUGGCGAGGGGUAUCAGAGAUUGGCAGGAGAGGAAUUUGUGAUUCACCUCUUCGUGAUGUCAUAGGCACUAUCCAUAGAUGUUUGACUUAACUACCACAUUCCUCACAGCAAAAUAUGUAUUACAGUUAGACUGCCAGGACAAAGCAUAGAAACUUACUCAAGAAUCCAACAAUAAAUGGAUGUUGUCUUGGCUACAGAACCACUAAGCCUCUUGGGCUUGCCAAUCAGAAGGUCAGCGGUUCGAAUCUGUGCAACGGGGUGAGCUCCCAUUGCUCUGUUCCAGCUUCUGCUAACCCAGCAGUUCGUAAGCAUGCCAUUGCAAGUAGAUAAAUAGGUACCACUGCAGCGGGAAGGUAAACGGUGUUUCUGUGCGCUCUGGGACUUGUCACAGUGUCCCGUUGUGCCAGAAGCGCAACGUCGUUCUGGCUAAGAGAUGUAAGUAUUUUUGUAUAUAAAAUAACAUAACCAUUGCAAGUUCAAGGUAAUCAUAACUUCUUUGGUAACAAAUACUUGAAUUGUACGUAUCAGACUACCAGCCUUCUGUGAUAGUUUAGCUAGAGUUACAUGUAUAUAUUUACCUUAUUUACAUGGCACAGUAAACUAGUGAAUGGUUUGCAGUGAAAGUACCAGUCUGAGCCACUUUGUUCCUCUCUGCUAGCCCAGUCUCUGGCUUAACAUUGUGUCCAAACCAAGGGUUGUGGUUUAUUUCCUUCCAGACAAACACUAUGAUAUGUAGCAAGAGUUUGUUCUUGGCUUGGGAGGAGCAAACUGGCUCAUGUGAGAACUGAAAACAAAGACUCAGACUCUGUAUUUAUGUUCUUCUGCAGCUACAUAGCACUGUUCUUUUAAUUGUAGAUAUUAAGCCAAUUUACUGCUUUAAACAAAACUCAGAAUUCUUGUUCUGCAUUUUUUCCUAGAAAAACAUAUCUUGAUCUAAACUGUUUUAUUAUUUCAUGUCUUGUUUGAAACAAUAUUUCACUUGCUUGUGUUUUGUCAGGUAAGAACAAUACCAUGAGACAAGUUCUCAUAGUAAAAAGCAACGAAAUUUUGUUUUUUAAACACCUACAACAUAGAUCCUGGUGGCCUCAGAAAUUUGCAUUCAUUGAUGACUGAUAGGCAGGUGUGGUUCAUUGCACCAUUGUCGUGGUAGGAUAGGAAUGUAUACUGCAGAGUUUUGAAAGACCUUAGCCUUUUUGCUAGUUAUUAUUGCUGAUACAUCUAGUUAUUGUAGUGAUCAGUUUGCAGAAUAAUUAAUGGUAAUUCCACUGCCCUCUUUUUUUUUGUCACUAAGAAUCAAGUUUUGUGCCUUGUAUCCAUUAAGCAAAUACACAUAUAUCUCCAUUCCCUCUAAUAUCAAGCUCAGGUGGUUGAGUGCCCAUCAAUUUUGGAAGCAAAAUGGAGAAUUAAAGUAGUGGCCUACUUAGGCACACAGAAGUAUAUAAAUUUAAUAAUAAUAAUAAUGCUAAUGCUAAUAUAUUUACAAACAGCCCAGCAAAGUUUUGUGAGCUCUUGAGGUGUUUGGCAUGAUUUAUCAGAAAAUGUAUGUGAGGUCGGGGAUAAGAAUUGGCUUACUCAGACCACUAACAGUUUAUUGCAGGUAUGCUGCAGGAGGGUAAAUUAGGGUUAGGUAUGUGAUAUUAGGUCAGAAAGUACCAACCGCUAUACACUAUAUAUGGUUGUUUCAGGAGGGAAAAAAGCACUCUUUUCCCUUUAAUCAGAAUCACUAUACUGUAUAGCUAUAAAAUACAGCAGGGUAAAGUUUUGGGUGGGCUGGAAAAGUAAAAAGAAGUUGUGCUUUUUUCUCAUCAUUAGAGAUUCAAGCUCACAUAAAGCUUCUGUUUCAGGCUGCUUAGAGCACUACACAUAGUGGGUAUACACUGAAACCCUUGCAAGUCUUCCUGAAACUCCCAUACUUCAGUGAGGGAGAGCUAUCUAUAUUCUCUAUAAUGUACCAAUCACUUUCGUGGUAUAAGUGAGGAUGAAGCUGCUCACCUAGCCCCCUGAGCUUGCAUUAUAUGAAGGAAAUUAUAUGUCAAAUGUAUGUGUUCUGAUCUGAAGGAUGGUGGUUUGCACUUCUCUGUAACUUAGUAACUAUCACAAAUCAUUACAUUUUUGUUAAAAUGUGUGGCACUUGUUCGAGAUCUUCAGAAAAAUUAACUCAUCUCUACUGUUUUUAUCAUGCCUUAUCCCUACCCUGAUUUCAGAUCAUUUAAGUCUCUGCCCACAAUAUUUUUGUCAGGGAAAACUUGAUUUAGAUGCAAAAAAGGGAAUAAAAAGCAGAAGUGGAGUUUUGUUUGCAACUAAACAUUUUUUCCUGGCUCUUGCAACAUGUGUUCUGUGGUAAGGCAAGGUGCAGGGCAGUGCCAUAUUGACAGGGUAAAUUAAAGGGGAACUUGUUCUUUAAAACAAUGUUUCAGUAGAAGCAUAUUAAAAAUGCCUCAUCAAUUCCAUAUUAUGAUCAGGUACCAAACAUAGAUUAUUGAAAAGCAAAUCCAUACUAGUCUAGAGUCAGUUGAGAAGUGCGAGUGGCUUCCUGCUUCCUGCUAGUGUGGCACUAGCCAAGCUCUAGAAUAGAAAAUUGGAUGUAUCAGUGGAUCCUUGCAGAAAGGCAUUUUGCAUCAUUUGUAUCUGCAGGUGUUUCCACUAAUUUAACACAAGUCAGCGGGAUGGUGAAUUGCAAACCUAAUCAACUUCAUUUAACAGGCAAGUUUUGCCUAAUGCUCCACUCCCCUUUUUAAAAAAAGACUUGAUAUGUAUACAAGUACCUAUUUUCCACAGUAAGAAAAACAAAUAAACUUUAGAAAAUAUUCCACAAUUGUCCCAGGUAUAGACAGGUGCCCAUGACAAUGGCACCAAAGUAUGCUGUUGUAACCACAUUGGUUGUAUGUGUGUUUUAGGGUGAGGAGUAGUCUGGCUUUCUGAUGGUAAAACUUGGAAUGCCAAAAAAUCUGCAAAAUGUGUACCAUAGGCAGUGACAUCUCUACCAUACCACCUUCAAGUUAUCAUCACUGUAAAGCUAUUGGCUAACAUCACCUGAUAAUUCACUUACUACCAGAGAUCCUAGGUAUUCAGUUCCUUAUUUCUACAAAAAACUUGCUUGGAGACAUCCAUCAUGUGUCUGCUAAUGCUGUGACCUGGAUACAGCGAGCACUAGCUUCUGAAAUGUCACAAUAUUCUGUUAAGGUUGAAAUAUUUGAAGUUACAGGAAGUCAUUGCUAUAUGUUUUGUUGUGAGUCACUAAAUGAUUGCAAAAAUUGUCAUUCUUCCUUUAUAAAUCCAGCUGCAAUUCCCAAACUCAUCAAUACAUUCUUAAAACUCUUCUAAUGAUUCAUUCUAAAACUUGUAAGCACCUUCACCUUUGUUUUCCUGCCUGCUCUUACACAAACCUUAAACUUGUGACUUAUUUCUUCUUGAACAAAGUUUUAUUCAUUCAGUGAAACAAGAUACUGUAUUUUUCGCACCAUAGGACGCACCGGACAAUAGGACGCACUUUGUUUUAGAAGGGGGAGAACAAGAAAAAAAAAAAUCUCCCCCUCUCUGCCCAGCGCCCCUUCAGCGAAGCGGCAGGAGGCGCUGCGCAGAGAGGGGGAGAACUUUCCCCCUCUUGUUUUCCCGCUCUAAAACAAGGUGCCAUUUAAGGUGCGUUCAGGCGGCUACCUCGGGAGCCUGGAGAGCGAGAGGGGUCGGUGUGCACUGACCCCUCUCGCUCUCCAGGCUUCAGGUUCCUUUCGACCUGCUCUUUGGGGCUGGUGGGGGGAAGCCCACCACCAGCCCCAAAGAGCAGGUCAGGGAGCAGCGGAAAGGCGCAGCGGAGAGGCUCCUGCCAUAGCCGCACAUCACCUCUCCAGCCGGGAGGGGUCGUGGGGUGCUUCUUUAGCUCCGCGCGCACUCUCCCGGCUGGAGAGGUGACGCUCGGCUGUAGAGGCUCCUGCCAUAGCCACGCAUCACCUCUCCAGCCGGGAGAGGGUCGCGGGGGGCUGCUUUAGCCCCGCGCGUGCUCUCCCGGCUGGAGAGGUGACGCGCGGCUAUAGAGGCUCCUGCCAUAGCCACGCAUCACCUCUCCAGCCGGGAGAGGGUCGCGGGGGGCUUCUUUAGCCCCGCGCGCGCUCUCCCGGCUGGAGAGGUGACGCGCGGCUAUAGAGGCUCCUGCCAUAGCCGUGCGUCACCUCUCCAGCUGGGAGAGGGUUGCGGGGGGCUGCUUUAGCCCCGCUCGCGCUCUCCCGGCGGGAGAGGUGACGCGCGGCUAUAGCGGCUCCUGCCAUAGCCGCGCGUCACCUCUCCAGCCGGGAGACGGUCGCGGGGCUAUGGCGUCUUCGCUCCAUAGGACGCACAUUUUUGAAGGGGAAAAAGUGCGUCCUAUAGAGUGAAAAAUACGGUACCUGUUGAAUCAUUUUCAUGGGGGGGGGGAAAUCCUAUUUUAGUCUUAAUAGGCAUAUUUAAUGCUGUUUUUUUAAACUAUUGUUUUUUAGCUCAGCCUUUGAUGCUAAAACUGGCCUGCGAGUGGCUGUGAAGAAAUUGUCCAGACCAUUUCAGUCCAUCAUCCAUGCCAAAAGGACUUACCGUGAACUACGUCUGCUUAAACAUAUGAAACAUGAAAAUGUAAGUUUGGGGAGAAAACUAGAAAUGUACAUUUCAUGUGGUUUCGAAUCCUAGGUUAGGAGUGAAUGCUGGCUUGAUAACCAUGGUGUACUUGGUACAGAUAAAAUGGCAGACCAUAGUGUCGGGGUUUUGUUAAAAGAGUAGAGGGGCCAGAGCAAGAAAAUGAAUCAUUCAAAAGUUCAUUCCCAAUACUUUCAUCUUGACUGAAAGCUGAGAAAAUGUAACAUGUGUAUCAUAGUAUUUUCAACAUACUAGAGCCAGUUGCUUAUAAACUGUUUAAGAAGUUUCUUAGUUCUGAUUUUGUGGUGGUUAUUUCAAAUGUUAUGUAAACUUUCCUUACUGGUUAAAUUCUCUAGUUUUAAAGUUAGCUUAAUGCAUGUUUAUUUCCAUGAGUACGUAUUUUUUUCAUUUCAUUCAUUGUUUUGGGUAAUGGCUUCCAUGUGUUGAUUUCAAUAUUUUCUUACAGAACAUAUUAACUAGGGGAGACACUAAACCUUGGGGGAAACAAUGAGUCUGUUAAUUACACAAUUGUAAAACGUGAGAACUGUUGCAAAGUAUCUCACAAGUCCCAGUUUGUUUCUGAAACACUACAAGAAGGAUGUUGCAGAAACAUUUCUACCUUUUAUGCUGCUGUGAAGAUUUUAGUGUUACUAUUUCAUAGUAUGCAUGAAUAAUAUGUGUGCACAGAUCUGUGCUCCUGCUUUCUUCCCUUAACCCUAACCCCAACAAAUUAUGCAAUUAUAGUACUAAAUAAAUACAACAGCAUAUACCUCAGGGUGAUUUUUAAGUACUUUUUUUGGAACAGUUGUGUUUCUGUUCAUAAUAUUUCUUCAGACAUGCCAGCAAACACUAGAGGUGUGACAGAAGCAGGGUGACUGACAUAGGAAAGCAUCUCCUAAUCUCCUAAAGCAGGAAUGAGGAACCUGCAGUCUUUCAGAGGUUGUUGGACUUCAUUCACAUCAGCCUCAUCCAGGAUGGCCAACAGUCAGGAGUGAUGGGCAUCCCAAAAACAUUUGGAGGACUACAGAUUUACCACCCCGAUAUAAACCCUUGUUUCACUAGCAUUUGGGUAGAUUUUUAAUGACAGCACUUACAGUCAAACCUUGAUUGACGAACAUAAUCCGUUCCACAAGACCGUUCAACUUCCGAAAUGUUAAACAACAGAGGCACGGCUUCCGAUUGGUUGCAAGAGCUUCUUGCACUCAAGCAGAAGCCGCUUUGGAUGUUUGGGUUCUGAAAAACAUUCGAAAACCGAAGCAUUUACUUCUGGGUUUUCGGCAUUCGGGAGCUGAAACGUUCGAAAAUGGAGCCGUUUGAGAAUCGAGGUUUGAUGGUACUACUUACUAUUUAUCUGUUUUAACCACACUAACAUUUGGUCCAUAGUUUUUAAUUUUCCUAUAAAUGCAGGAGAAUCUUUAGUUCUUGCAUUUCAAACAGGAAGGUAUUCUUGCAGCAGUUUUACAAUGUAAUUACUUGGUAGGGCCUGAGUGUACUAUAAAAAUAGUCCUUUCACGUAUUUGUCCCAAGUUGAAGCUUUCUAACACAACUAUGAGUGACAAAGUGUUUGGAGAGGACAAAGAAGGAGAUGGGAGGAGUGAAAAUAAUUUACCACUGAGGCAGAACAUAGGUUAGCAGCCAUAGCUUAGGGCAAGGAACUACACAUCACAGAAGCCCUAACUGUAGUCUUGACCACAGCUAUAAUGCCCAAAGCCCUUCUAGUUCUUGAGCCAUCUGUGUAUUCUGCCUGAUCACUUCUUUGUGUCCAUGGGGAUUAGAUUUAGCUGUGUUGGUAAUGUUUAGUCAAAAGUCAGAUGACAAAUACUUUAAUGAAAUAAAUAUGUACAUUACAAUGUAUUUACUUUACAAGAAAAGUGAGAUGUUCAAGAAUCCAAAUUCUUUGUUGGAUACAUGAACAUGUUGUCAGAUAAAUUCCAGGACAUUUUGUAAUCCUUGGGAUUUAUGCAUAGGGUUUAUUUGUAAGCACUAAUAUAGUGUCUGGCUCUCUUUAUUUUCCAUGUCUUGUGCAAAAAUAGCUGCCCUCUGGCGCUUGCAAAAAACACCCACUGAUCUGUGUGCAUUUAGAUAUAUACAGUUGUGAUAAGUAGAGAUUUCUGAAGUUGAAAUAAGUUAUCACACUUGGGUUUCAGCUGUGCACAUGAAUGAAAAUAUUUUAUGCCUCAGAGAUGGAGCCUGUAUCAUAAUAUGAUUACCCUGUAUAAUAUCUUCACUUUACAUCAGCCUUUUGGAAAAAGAAACAUGAGUAGAACUAGUCAAGAUGCCUGAGCCAUGAAUUAGCUUUCCUAUUUACUAUAUGUGUAUAUUUGUGGGAUUAUUAUUUUAGUGUGAAGCAUGUGGUUAUCUUCUGGUCACAUUUCCCCUACAUUUAGUUUAUUUUGUUUGUGAGGGAACAGACCAUUUUGGUCAGUGCUGGAGAGGUUUGUACUGAUAGCAGUACUUGGAAAUGUAUGUUUUUAAAAACCCUCUUCUCCAAAUUCUACUUAAUGUGAUGUAUCCCUAUUUAAAGCCUGUUUAAAAAAAGGUGAACGUACAAAGUCAUAUUUCAUGGUCUCUGGUAUGAAAUUACAUGUUACGUGUAAAUGUGUAAUGGAAUCCUGAAAGCCCUUUUUAAUUAGAAAAGUCAGUUUGCAAGCGGGUGAUUAAGAUCAGAUGAGUCACAUCUCCCUUCCUCUGCCUUCAGAGUUCCAUGAUGCAUUUGUCAGGGCAGAGGGUAUUCAUAGAAAGUAGUGAUGGCAUGCUUGCCCUCCCAUCCCUCUGAUUACCCUAUACAGUGGUACCUCGGGUUACAGACGCUUCAGGUUACAGACUCCGCUAACCCAGAAAUAGUACCUCGGGUUAAGAACUUUGCUUCAGGAUGAGAACAGAAAUCGUGCUCUGGCGGUGCGGCGGCAGCAGGAGGCCCCAUUAGCUAAAGUGGUGCUUCAGGUUAAGAACAGUUUCAGGUUAAGAACAGACCUCCGGAACGAAUGAAGUAACCCGAGGUACCACUGUAGUACUAACUAGCCAGAGAGCUAUUUAGCUAGCUGACACUGACUUCCGUACUUGAUUUAGUUGAAAUACUACCACCAAAUUACCUUGACAUGUACCCAGUGGCCACAUUCAAAUGAGAGAUGAACAAGCCUUUUGUCCAAACAUGCAGCUACUUUGUUUCGCUAGGUUGUCUUCAGUUAACUAUAUAUUUCCAUUACAUCUGAGCUCAUAACCUAUAGUUAUAGCUUUCGAACGGGGCAGGAUAUCAAGCCAUGCUUUGAAGUUAGAGCUCAUAUUGCGGCUUGUUCUGAAGCUGUUAACCAAGGCCUCCAUUUAAGAGCCAUUGAGAAACUAUACUUGCACAGUUCCAGAUUUGUUUGCUCGUACAGCAAAGAGAGAAAAGAAGUUACAUGUGCACCCACAAGGUUCAUUUAUAUCUCAUCUCAUUAAGCUGAGAUACGAUUUUCUGAACCAACCCAGUGUGUAUCACUGCAUAUUUACAUUGGAGGUAGCGCUGAGCUAUUUGAUAUGUUUACACCCCUUGUUUUUGAAAAAUAAGUAGCAAUUAUGCUUUUAAAAAAACAAUUGUCAAUUCUUUUCAUUAAGGAAAAUAGUUUACAACGGAAACAGUGAUCUGGAGCCAAAGAUGAAGCAGGAGGAGUCCAUGCAUGCAACAUGAUUCUUUUCUCUGAUAUUUUUCAACAUGCCACAUUACAAGAUAUUUGAAAGUUGCCAGAUUUAAAGGAACUAUUUUGAGUUUGCAUCUGUGUAAGGAUAAAAGUCUUACUUAUGUGCAAGUCGAUGUGUUCAUAUAGUAGGCACUUUGAAUUGGGACAGUGUAUAUAUGUGAGUUGGGAAAUGGCAGAUAAAUGUAGAAAAUGUUAUUCCUUGUGUGUCUUUUUCCCUUUCUAGGUUAUUGGUCUUCUAGAUGUGUUCACACCUGCAAAGUCACUAGAAGAAUUCAAUGAUGUGUAGGUAACCCUUCAUAGCCUUUUUGUUGGAAAUAGUUUCCAGCCUUGAUGGAAACGUCCUUAUCUAUAAGGAGCAUUAAUGUAAUAGAAUCAAAGGUUUCAGUUUAGACAGGACUUUAGAUUCCUAUUGGACAAUGAAAUUAGGCAUAUGGAGGAAGAAAUGAAUGAAGUUAUUGCAUUGACUUUACUGUGAUAGAAGUAUGUAGUCACAACCCUUCAUUAAUUAGCAUGGAAGGUAGCUAUGGGCUGUUUCACACACUAGAUUUUCUUUACUCAGUAGUGGGAGUAAGAAAUUAUUCAGUCAUGUGUGAAAACUGUAAAUAUCUACUUUGCCAUGUUGACAUUUGCCAAGAAGUUGACAUCUGGCUCCGAACUGAAAAUCUGCUUAAUAGUAAUACAGUAUAUUGAACUCACUUUAUGUAACUAUUUCCCAUCAUGCAAAUAGCCUGUAAAUACAACUCUCUAGCAAACGGCAGUUCCGUGCACUUCUCUGAUUUGCCAGAAGUGGCUUAGUCAUGCUGGUCACAUGACCCGGAAGCUGUACGCCGGCUCCCUUGGCCAGUAAAGCGAGAUGAGCGCCACAACCCUAGAGUCGUCCACGACUGGACCUAACGGUCAGGGGUCCCUUUACCUUUACCAUUACCUUUACAACUCGCUAGCACUGUAGCUCUCUCAGCUGGUGUGAUCUAGAAUCCUGAGUGAAGGUCUCCCUCUUUAAAGUCAUGUUAUCAGUUUGAGGGUGCUUCUUUACUUUACAGUCAUACCUCGGCUCUCGAACACCUUGGGAAUCAAACCCUCCGGUUCCCGAAUGCCCCAAACCCAGAAGUGAGUGUUCUGGUUUUCAAACAUUCUUUUGGAAGCCAAACAUUUGAUGGGGCUUCCGAUUGGCUGCAGGAGCUUCGUGCAGCCAACCAGAAACCACACUUUGGAAGUUGAACAUUUCAGAAGUUGAACAGACUUCUGGAAUGGAUUCUGUUUGACUUCCGAGGUACAAUUGUACUAGGCUCUAUGUCUGCUCAUGCACAGUAGAUCCCAGAACAUGCUGUGUAUUACUUAGGUUUCCAAUUUCAAAUAUUCCAAUUUCAAACUUUAGGCCAUCCAAAUUUUGGAUCUUAAUUCCCCUCCCCCCUCAGUUUUGUGCCUGGAAGGGGAAUAUAUAUGAGUUAUUCUGCAGCUUAACAGUUUUGAUUUAUUACUGAAUCCAGUUCUCAGGCCUAAGCCAUUUGAAUUAAAUGGCACAGUACACAGGAUUGCCAUGCUUAUAGAAGCAUAACAAAUUUAAAUGUUCCAUGAUUAGGUGCCCUGAGCUCCUUGUGGAGACAGAGGUUUUAAAGCUUUUUAGUAGCAGAAUAUUAUUGUUGCUUUAAGGUUACCUUAGGCAGGUGCAGUUACUGUCCAAAGCAGGAAUGGCAAGUGUAUCUGAAAAGUGGGAAAUCAAGACUGAGCAAAGUGCUUUAGCUAUAUGGAAGGACUUUUGGGUUUUGGUAGGAAAUUGCUCAUUUUAGGAGGGGAGUAAUGUAUUAAUCAUGUGACCAUCUUCGGUCACAUAGAAUGAUUGAGCCCUGGUUUAUUUAGUCAUUACUUUGUACCAAGGCAGACUCAUGGAUAUUUGCAGUUGUAUGAUGAGACAAAUGACAGAUGUCUUAAAUAGCUGUUUAUAAAACCUGUUGGACUUGUAUGUGACAGUUUCAAAGCACAUGUUGAGACAGGCUUCCUGUCACAAUAAGUCCAUGUAGAAGUAUUUUAUUAAUGAUGUACAUACACCCUGUACACACCUUUUACCAUGUUCUUACUCUUGUGGAGAACUGGAAAGACUGAAUCAAUGCAGAGAUCAGCCUAGUUUCAUCGUCUUUGAAAGGUAGUAAAAUUACUAAUUUCAAUACGUCUUUUCGUCUUGGGGCUUCACAUUUAAAAAUACUUAAACUAACAACUAUUUUGUACUAGGAGCUGGUUCCCAUAUAGCCCUGCCAUAUAGGUGGGGUGGAGAAUACAUGUAAAUUCUUGUGUGAGUAGAUCCUGCCAAACAUUAGUCUGACUUAGGAAAAGGAGUAGAUGGACUGUGUGGUUAUACUCUAGGUCCUGUGAGUGGUCGGGGAGAAUGUGCAAAUCUGAGACUCAUUCCUUGGCCUCAGCCCUCUGUAACUACAAGCUAAGACCUUGCAUGAAGCAGGCCCAAAAUAAAUAUAGGAAAAAUAUGUUAAUUGUGAAUUUAAAUUACAGUGCAUCCUUAAGAAGUCUCUUAUUAUCUACUGGAAUUUUAAAUAGAAUGGAUCUUUCUAAACAAUGAGAGAUGCAGGGUUAUACAUGAAUCUGCAAAAGAUAGAACUGUCUUAUUGCUUAUUGUCUUACAUUAUGAAUACACUCUUUUUUGCAUUGCAACACAAGUGUAUCGUAUAUCUCUGUACUAAAUGGUUUACAUUCUUUAUAAUGGCUUGUAUCCAAUAUAGUGCUAAGUACCUGACACAUCCAGAUUUCCACUUAUCCACUUGUGCAAAGGGACGUCCCCCAUCUUGUCCCUCUGAACAAAUCUCAAAUCUGUUUUGAAGGUUUUCUCAACCCUCUGGAAUAGAUUGCGAGAGGAUGCAGGAGGAGGAGAGGGAGGGAAGUCCCAUUGUGCAAGAAGAAAUCCUUGUGCUGAUGGAAACAACGAAGUUAGAUACUGCCCAAUGUAUUCUCACCAUACAUUUAAAAUUGUAUCUGUACCAUAGCAGACUACUGGCUAUGAAAAGGUCAUACAUAAAACCAAUGAAUUUUCAUAAAUGCAAUAGGUUGGAUCCAGAUUUAGUCGUAUUUGAAGAAGUUGGUCAGUAACUGAUUUCAGUGGAAACUAGGCAGCUAACAGACCAGCCUAAAUCCCUGUUCUAUCAUGGUGGAGGGAAUUUUAAUGGGACAGAGUUAUCCCUCUGCCUGGUUCUACCACCUUUUGCUGUUGGCAGAGGAACAGCUGCACCCUGUUGAACCAACCCAAAAGGCAGGUCAGCAGAAGCUGCUGCUACUGCCAGUAUACUUGCCAGCAGUAGCCAGUGGAAAACUCCUCCGCUAGGGGGUGAUUGGGGGAUGAUCUGUGCUGUACAGGAUCUCCUGUGCUGACCACCCUGCUGCCACGUGAUGGCAACAGGCCUUAUCCAAGCAACUGGGGUGCUGGCACAGCAAAGGGAUAUAUUCCCUUUUUGCCACCUUCUGCUCUAGCUAGCGUGACUGGUAGGACUGUGGAAGUGGUGGUGACUACUUGGCACUGUCAAAGCCCACCGCUGCCAGUGAUUGAUCCCUAACUUAAUCUGAACAAAAUCCAGUGCUUCUCUAUAAAUGCUCUGACUCACUCACCUACAACACAUGGAGGUAAUACCAUUGUUUAAUUCUUGUUUUUUAGAUACCUUGUAACCCAUCUUAUGGGGGCAGAUCUGAACAAUAUUGUGAAAUGUCAGAAGCUCACAGAUGACCAUGUACAGUUUCUAAUCUAUCAAAUUCUUCGUGGUUUGAAGGUAUUUGCAUUAACUCUAUUACUAUUGUAUUCUGUAUGCAAGUGGCAAAUAAAAGACAUACUUUCUUCCCAUUAGAAAGGUCCAUAGGCAUACUUUGGAUUCAGAUAAAAACACCAUCACAUGGUCCUGAAUUGGUUGAACUGACCCCCAUUAUGACAGUCAUGAAAUAUUAGCUGUUCUUUUUGAGAGUCUGAAGAGAGGCAAAGAUAUCAUUACAUGCUGCUCUCCUGAAUCAGCUCAGACUUGCCUCUUGUAUUCUGCUCUCCUCAUGUUUAGAGGAACUAAAUGUUCUUUCUGUGUGGGAGGAUUUUGUUUUAUGUGUUACAUUCCCUUUGGUUGUGGGGGGAGGCACUGCAAAAAAAAAAAAAAAAAGUUACCUAGAGGGAAAGAAGGGAAUGGGAUCCUGCUGGAGAUAGCAAGGCAGAAGCCAAUACUUCCUUCUCGGUGGUGCUAUCUUGUUUCACCCUUCUGUGUACGAAAACAAGGAAGGGGGUUGAGAAGCACAGAAAGAUAGUGAGAGCCACAGCAUUUGCAGCAUGAUCACAGGCCCUUUUGUCAAUUUCAAGUCUAUAUUUUCUGACCCAAAGAAGAAAUGUGCUCCUAAUUGGUUUGUCAUAUGCAGGUGAUUCUAAUUGAGGAAACACUCUGCAUGCAUUAGCUCAGAGAAACAGUUGUGUGGCUUUUGAACAAUUAGCACAACCUUACUGGAAAUAAGUUAUAAAUUAUUGUUAUUUUUUAAGUAGAAGUUCCUUCCAGAACUUCUAGAUGCCCUCUUAAAUGUUAAAUGUUGUGAACCUUGUGAGGUUACUAUCUCGUGAGAUUUCUGAGGCACCAGACGGAUGCAGACUUUGAUUCAGUAGUUUCAAAAUGCAUCUAUACUUUGCCACAGAAUGGGGAAGAACCAAAUAUGAAGGGAUGAAAAUAUGAACAUUGUGCAGGCAUUAUUCCCUCUUCCUUUCUGGUUGGAAAUGACUUUGGUUAUCUUCAAAGGAACAAACUCAGAGCAGACAUUUCUCAGACGUCAUUACAAAACCACUGAAUGCUAGAUGAGUAAAUGUAAUACAAGACAUAGACUUUCAUAAGCCAUGGACCUUCAUAAUGGAAAAUAGUGUCUGAACCUAAUCUUCAAAAUAUUUUUAUUUUCAGUAUAUCCAUUCAGCUGACAUAAUACACAGAGUGAGUAUUAUUUUUAGUGUAAACUAUUCAAUGACAGCAGCAUCCUGGGAAGUUGUAGCAUUAGAUCUUUGUAUAUCAAAGCAGCAGUAAAAUUAAGCUAAAAGUUCAAUAAAAUUGCAAUAAAUAUUUUAGUUAAUGCUGGGAGAGAGUGAGUCUAGACAGAUUCUGUUCAGGCAUAGUUCACUUUACCAUGGGGUUGGCUCUGGCCACCACUUUUCUUAACGUGCCUGCAGAGUACAGAACUGUAAUUUGACUUGUUUCAUAUAUUUGAUUGGUUGGUUGUUUCUUCAGGGGUGGGAUUAAUUCUUGUUUAUAUACAUAUGGCUGAUGCAUACUGUUGAAAAUCUCAGUGAAGUGUGGAUUAUGGUAGGAUUGUAUUACAGUUAACCUCUGAAGAUUGUUUUUGAAAGUUGAGGAAUACAUUAGAUGUUGCCAGUGCUAAAUUUCAUGGUUGGGACAGCUUUUUUAUCAUUGCAAUGCUGUGACACUAGUAUCUCUUUCUUUCUUUCUUUUAGGAUUUAAAACCUAGUAACCUAGCUGUGAAUGAGGACUGUGAGCUGAAGGUAAGGUGGGGUUAGUGUACACAUAGCUUGUGGGCAGCCUAACAAUCAUUUGUUUAAUAGGUCAGGACCUGAAUAUCUUAACAGGAAAAAGUAGGCACUAAUAUAAGCAAGUCUGUUGACCCCUGGACAAAUAUUUUAGAAUUUAUGAGUCUUUCUACACUGUUGGCUCAAAAGGUAUUUAAUAAAAGUUCCACUUUAGUUAUUCCAUGGUUGUGUAUUUGUGGUACUCUUGAACUGCUCUUGUUUGAAAUUGGGCACAGUGCAGUUAGGGAGUCACAUAAGAGCUGUAAAUCCUUGACAAAUUUAGUCUUACAAAAGUAUGUUUCACCAAACCUAUUUCUGGAAGUGUUCAACAACAUUUCUUUUCAUCCAUUUUUUGCAUCUUCUGCAGUUGUUGCUAAUCAGAAGUCCAGUUUGUCCUUUAAAAAUAAAUAAAUGUACCAGUGCAUUACUAUCUUCCCUGUUCUGCAGAUUCUGGAUUUUGGAUUGGCACGACACACAGAUGAUGAGAUGACGGGGUAUGUAGCAACUAGGUGGUACAGAGCUCCUGAGAUCAUGCUGAACUGGAUGCAUUACAAUCAAACAGGUACAGUGUCUCAUUAAUCAAACCAUCAGAGAUUUGUAUAAUAAAACUGUAUCAUAUAAUUCUGUACCACAGUGGAAUUGCCUCACUGUUGUAAUAUAAGAGACCUAAUUUUUCAAGCAUAAUUUGACAUCUACCGGUAUAUCAUUAACAGAACCAGGUCUGCAUCUGAAAUUGUCAAAUUCAUGUUUAUCAAGAGUACAAAUAUGUGCUUUUUCUUGCUGUCAUACUAAAGCUAAGCAUUUUAGGAUUAGGUUAACCAUUGCAAUUGGUUUUAUUUAAAUCUUUUGGAAUACUGGAACAGAGAUCUGGCUAAAGGAGUCUGGCUUCUAAAUUCAUUCUGCUUUUUCCUCAGUUGAUAUUUGGUCUGUUGGAUGUAUUAUGGCUGAACUGUUGACUGGAAGAACGCUAUUCCCUGGUACAGACCGUAUCCUUUAAAAACAUCUAAAAAUGAACUGAAACAUUCAUUUUCACACACAGCAACAUGUAACCCAAGGAAGACUUGGGAACCAGCUCUGCACUUUGGUGUUGGAAUUCUUUCUAUGCAGAUGAAUGCAUUUUGAGAACUACUGCUGCAUUCUCCAAGAAUGCUUUUUGCAGGUGGUUGAAAUGCUUUAUUUCAGUCUGUGGUUUAACAUUAGGGUUUCACUUUCUCUCUCUUUGCUUGUUCUUCUCUUUAAAAGCUUUGAAAGUGGCCUUCCACCUUGAAGGGAAAAUGUAAUUACUUUUUUCAGCAUCUCUGAGAUCUGUUUUCCAGUUCCAGUAAUUCAGAUGUCCUGUCAAACUACUUCAAUUUUGAUACUAAGGUUCUAUGAGAAGACCGGUUCCCUCAUAAGGUUUAGCAACCCCAGAGUAAAGGGAUAUCUUGACAAGUCAGUGACUUGGCUUGUAAAAGGGAAGAAUAUAUAAUCUACAGGUAGAUCUGUUAAUCUGUUCUUAUGUAACUUGUAAAUAUGACACAAAAUAAAGGAUUCUGUGUUGGCCAAUUAAAAAAAUUCCAAAAUCCAUAUUAUGGCAAUACUUUUAUAAAGCCAACCAAAAUAGUGGACAAGCAAUUGAGUCCUCAGAUCAAGACUUGGGAAGAGAAUGCAUGGCUGGUGGUAACAGCAUGGCUGUGCAUUUUGGAAGAGUAUAAAGGCAAAAUGUGGGAAUAGGUAGUAGGCUCUCACAUGGAACUCUUAAAUGUUGUGUUGCUGUUUCGUUGUACCAAGGUUUACUUGAAAGGAAGAAACAAUGGCAAAUUUCCUAUCUUUGGAACUACAAAAAGUAGCUGUUACUCAGGUCUGUCUCCAUCCUUACAUGAAGCACACAGGUUUAUGUUUUGUGUGACUUGGAUAGAUGGAAAAGCAGAAUAAAGAGGAAGGGCUAUAGCUCUGGGUUGGAGCAUCUGCUUCUUACCUUCCUAAAGAGAAAGGCAGUCUUAUUAACAAAAGUGUACUUUUUUUUUACCUUGCACUCCACCUAUACUUAACUUUUACCCACCUGAACUUUCAACCUCUGAUAAUAUAAAUAAUAUCUACUUUCUCUUCAUUCUUCUCUACCUGUCCAGGUCACACAAAAAGUAAACCUGUAUGGCAUUUCACCUAAAGAUAGAAGCAAACCAGGGUACCAGUUGUUUUUUGUAGUUUUUUUGUAUAUGAAUUUUGUUUUAAAAAAUAAAGAUGGGAAAUCAGGCAUUAUCAGCCCAUCUGUAUACCUUGGUGCAACCUGAUACCUGCAUAGCGCUUACAGAACCUCAUUUGAAUGUCUGCUGCUUCCUCCCGCAUUAUGCCACAGGAUUCUUUAUCAAGUGCAGAUUCAUGGCUUUACCACUAGCUAAAUAUUCUGUCCCCAGCCCCCCAUUUUAUCCACACAACAGCCUUCGGCUGAGCAACAGGGACUGGCCCAAGGUCAUCCAGUGAGCUUCAUGACUGAGUGGGGACUUGAAUCUUGGUCUCCAGGUCCUAUUCCAAUACUUAAGCCUCUUUAACAUACUGGCGCACACUAUAAUAUAAAAAAGCAUUCUGUGUAUAAUUCAGAAGAUGUAUUUGGUCCCUAAUCUGAAGUCUAAAUCAUUGCCAGGAUCCGUGCAACCCUUUUAUCAGUUAUUAAUGGAGAGAUUUUGAAAGAUAAGAAUAUAUUGAUAUUCUGUCCAGUUGCACUGUGUCCACCAAAAUAUGUUCUAUGGGAAUGAAACAUUUAAAAGUUUCCGGGUUAUCCGUCUAAAAGUAAUAAAUAAAUUGAUUGAAUCCUAGGGAAAUAAAAUAUAUUUUUGCAUUUAAUUUUCCGACUAUUAAAUAUUUCAUGAAGGAGAGUGUGUGAUGUUGAUCUUUGUGGAAAAAACUAACACAUUUAUUUUAGGUUUUAGGCUAAUAUUAGAAGGUGUGAAGAUGGUCAAAGUCAUUUAUUUUAUGGUUGUUUUUUACCAAACUUUCCCAGAAUAGAUGAGGCAAAUGUGAAAACUAUAUGAUACAUUUAUAGCCUACAUGUUGGAUUUUUUCCCUUGUUUUUGUUGUGUUAUCCCUUUGCUUUCACUUCUUCCUGUUCACUUCUCCUUUUCCAAGACCCUUACAGUUGUCUUUCUCCUUCUCCUUUUCUGUCUGGGGUAUGUAGAAAAAAAAAGUUUCUUGCCUAAAGAGCAAAAUAGACAUGUUUUAACUAUGUUGGGUGCAAUUUUCAUUUUUACAAUAUAAAUCUUUUUACUCUUUUCUCUAUUACAUGUACAUACUCCUCUUUUUGAAUGGUCCUAAAUGAAGUUGUGUUUGCCUUCCACAAAUCUUCACUCCAUAUGUGGCAGUUAUUUAAGGCUAGGGUGGGGAGUGAUAACCAUUUCUGUCAGCUUCUUAAUCGGAAUAAUGGAUAUGCAUUCAAGGAAUAAUAACACAUUGGCUUACAUUAUAGGAAUUCUGUGAGUACACACAGCAUGCAAAUUGGUUUAACCAGUGGCAGGAAUUUGUAAAGCAAGCUUUUAUUGCUCAGCUCUUGGAAAUCUGAUCUGCAGGAGAUAGUGGGUUUGGGGGCUCCAUUAGUGGGAGUUGUCAACUUAAACACUUGAUGAUCAGCAGCUACAGGUAAGGGAAUGAUUAAAUGCCCAAGCUGUAAUUGGUUAAUAUGCUGCAUGUGCAGACUUAACUUCCAUAGCUAAAUUAUGUGUUUUGAAAAUUGCUAUAGCAUAACCAAAGUUGUAUCUGGUAGUACUGAGUAAAAUCUAAUAUAGUUAUUGCUGAACAGAGUUCAUAUUUCUUCUACCCUGACCCAUAUUAGGGUGCUCUCCAUAUUUUGAAAUUGUGAAUAGGGAAUCUGGGGCUGGGCCUGUGUCUUCAAGUAAUGUACCUUGAUUAACCUAUUUGGGACAAGUUAUUUCUUUAAAAAAAAUAAAAUCUUACUAACUGAAUUACUACAAUGAUCUGGAAUGACUAAUUGAACUGUGAUGUUGAAUCUGUUAUAAACAUAUUCUAAGUCAGGAAGUUUUCUCAAAAAGUAGCCAUAUCAGAAUAACGUGUUCUGGGUACUCUUGGUCUUGAAUGCCCACUUGGACCUGGCAUCUGGAUUUUGCUUUAAACUUGGCUUUUUGCAGUAUUCACUGUUGGUUGUGGUAGCAAACUUUUCCCUUUUCUGUAUGGUCAGUAUUGGGACUUGCCAGUUCUUGAAAUUCAUUCUUUUCUGAGAUCUGCAUGCUUUUCUUUGCUUAUGGCUUUCUAUGCACUCUGUUUACUUUUGCUUUGAGUUUACUAACAACUCUUUUUUAGUUAAAUGGCAGUUCACAAAUUAUAUUGUUGAUAUAUAGAUGCAACAAUCUUGUAAUAUUUUAAUUGAUUCAUUGUGUUGGUUAGCUGCUUCCAACUGACUUCUGCUUCUUGCCCUAGAAAAGACUUUGUAGUGAAGUAAUUAAUGUUUGUCCGUGUACGCAGCAGACACAGUCUGUAAAAAAAUAAAUAGCACUGACAGCAAUAUAUCUUUCAUUACAUUCAGAUAGCACUUAACUUUCAAAUACUUCAAACAACCAGAAAAUGGUUGACUUACCAUUAUUUAGAUGGCACAUAAAUCCAUACUUUUGGUUGUACUAUAUAGUGUUCCCUUGUUUUAAUUUACAAACUUGUGUUAACUUGUUCUGGCUGAAGGCUGAAGCACAUACAUGAAAACUCGCAUCUUCUUUCAAAGAUGAGCCUACAUUGUGCAGGUUUUUGUUGGAGGCCUCAGUUCAAAUCCAGCCUGGAAUUUAGGAAGUAGCUUUUGGGAAGUUACUGCUAGAAAGUAACUUGCUUUAAGGCUUAGUAUAACUAAGGUGGGAAUUAUUUUUCAAAUUGAAUUUAUAUCCUGCCAUUCCCUAGGAUAGCCUUGAUGCAGUUUCAAAUUCAGGAGAUUAGAUUUUAAUCUUCAGGGGCUGGAAAGUUCUCACUCUCCAAUAGCUAUGGGAUUUCCUAUGCAGUCAAUAACACUUUCUCACUCUCCCCACCAUUGGGAGCAUAGCUCAUGAGCCCCAAGCCUCCUUUCCAAUCUUAAGGAUAGCAGUUCCAGGUGGGGUAUAACUUCUAGGGCCCCUAAGGAGUUUGUGACUUUUUCAAUCAGUUCCCUGCUUUGUUACACUAGCUGUUGUCCGCAAAACUCCCUGAGAGGACAGUGGAGGGAAGCAAGUGUAACUCAUUAAAAUAUAUAUAACAGCCCAUUAAAUACUAUGAUAAAAUGUCCAGAUGGGUUUGAUGACAUGGGGUCUCCAAUUGUAAUAAAAGUCACUGAUUUCACAAAAAGGAUUAGGACUGAGUGUAAAUAGUGUUGACCGCCAACUUCUACAAAGUAGAAGUGUUGACAGCACCUGAAGUAGCCAGCAUCCUAGAAAGCAUUUACCAACCUUUACCAACCUGGUGCCCUCCAGAUGUUUUGGAUUAAAUUUCCCACCAUCUGCUGACCAUUGGCUGGGCAGGCUGGGGUUGAUAGGAGUUGGGAGUCCACUAGGUUGAGGUAAAUUGGUUUUGUGCACUAUUAAAAUUAGCCUCAAAGUUGCUACUUUACUCGAGCUUUAAAAGUUAAGUGACAGCAAUUUCUACUUACAGGUAGGUAGCCAUGUUGGUCUGCCAUAGUCGAAACAAAACAAAAUAAAUAAAUAAAUAAACAAAAUUCCUUCCAGUAACACCUUAGAGACCAACUAGGUUAGUUAUUGGUAUCUGAAGAAGUGUGCAUGCUCACAAAAGCUCAUACCAAUAACUAAGUUAGUUGGUCUCUAAGGUGCUACUGGAAGGAAUUUUUAAAGUUUAUUUUAUUUAUUUUGUUUUGUUUUGAUCAAUUUCUACUUUCACUAUCACCAGUGCAUGCUAGUCUUUUACCAUACUGCUUCUGCCACUAAAUCUUAACUAUUACUAAUGACUGGGAGUAUAGGUCUAACCUAAAAUAAUCACAGAGAGCAUCAAUUAUACCUGUUAAUCACCAUUGUAUUCUGAUUGCAAAAUGUGCAUGUUUGCCACUAUUGGAUGGUAGCUUGGAAUGGUGGACAAGCCUUAGUAGAACAAUUAGAAUAUAGAGCGCAGAGCAGAACAAAAAAAAAAAAAAAGCACUUUAACCUUAGAACCUCAACGAAGCUGUUUUCAGUUUCAGUUCCUUUGGGCAGAAGCUUGGAUAUAUUUUCUCUUGUAAGGGUAGAAAGAUUUAGACUGUAAAGCUAUAGUUCUAAAGAUUCUAGGUGCACUCAUUCUAUUCUGAAUUAGGAAUUGCCUCAUCCCUUCUAUGAACAGGAAAAUUGCAACUUGUGAAAGAGGAACCACAUUGGGUAAAUUCAACCUUACAACAAUUGAUCACUCACAUAAGCAGUUGUCUCCAUAUGUUAGCUGCUUGCAGAAACAAAUGUGGCUAAAUGUGUCCACAUUUCUUGAACAGAUUUGGGUGUAGGAUUUUCAUCAGGUGGAUAUUUAAAUGGUAUGUGUCUUCUACAUUAGAUGUGUGCUAAUAUUACUUAUUAUUAUUAUUAUUAUUAUUAUUAUUAUUUUGAUUGAGACAUUUGGUUUUCUUUUUUCCCCUUUAGUUUUAUUCGGCUGCUGCUGUGAUUUUUUUUCUCCCAUUUUAUUUGUCCCAGCAUUUUCCUUUAUGGUCCAUCGUUAGAUAUUGAUCAAUUGAAGCUCAUUUUGAGACUCGUUGGAACACCAGGGCCUGAGCUUUUGAAGAAAAUAUCUUCAGAGUCUGUGAGUUUAAAGCUUGACAGUAAUGCCUUGCCUUUUUGGAUUUUGUGUUUUCCCUUUUGCUUUGCUUGCUUGUAGACUGCAUCUAUCUCCUUCCUGGUUAGUUUUGUCUUAAGCUUGUUUCCUUAGACACAUCUUAUUUUCCUUGGACACAUCUUGAAGCCUCCCCUCUCUGCCUCUGUACUAGUCUUCAUGUCCCAUCUUACCUUCUAUUUUCUGUCCGUAGGCUAUACUAAGCUUAGCUGAACACUGUGUACUUCAUUGCACACUCUUGUUAAACGCUGUUAGGCACAUGCUGCUACCAAUAUCCCAUAUAUAUCACAUCUCCUAAUGGAUAGUGCUUUCUUUAAGUUGGAUUUUGGGACUUGCAUUGAGUGCUCUUCCACAAACUGUUUCAAGAAGGGGGAAAUGUUUAGGAACAAGUAUGAGCAUGAAUCAUGUUAAAAGCCACAGAGUAAAUUCCUGUUGUCACUAGUGCAAACAGCUUGUUGUUGGAUCAUAACAUUGACCUCAGUCCUAAAAGUGCUCAGUCAUAAAGGUGAUAUCCAUGGAAGUAAUGAUACAGCUGGGGUUUCCCCUCCAUAAGUAGGAUUGUUCUGCGUUCAUGGGAUGAUAGCUAAUCUACAUUCUACACUUCAACAUAGGGAGCAGCUGGGUGUUGCAGCUUACCAGAAUAGCAAUGAAAGUUGGGUAGGCGCCCCUGUGCGAGUGCAGGUUUGGCUUCACCAGUGUGCCUCUGCAAUCCUGUCAACACUGCUGCCUGGUCCUCCCCUAUCCCUGCAGCGUCCUAGUAAGAAGCAGCAAUGCCAUUGUCAGUAGGGUAGCACUGUAGGCCUACUCUCAUCACACUGGUCACUGCUACUUACGCAUGGAUGAUUUUGUUGUAUAAAAUAUUUUUAUUAGAAACUCAUUUAAAAUAGAUCUACAAGAACCCUAAUCUAGAUUAGGCUUACUGAAGAGAUUGAAACGUGUUCGGAAAUAAGAGGGGGAAAUGAGCUGAAAGGAACCCACAGAUUCAACAUAUCCAUAUUUGUUUACUAAAUACAUGUUUGCCGGUUUAGCCAUAAAGCAGUGGUGGAGAGCCAGCAUGGUGUAGUGGUUAAGAGCAGUGGACUUGUAAUCUGGUGAACUGGGUUCACUUCCCCACUCCUCCAUGUGCAGCUGCUGGGUGACCUUGGGCUAGUCUCAGAGUUGUUGUGGGGAAGGAAGGGAAAGGAGAUUGUUAGCCGCUUUGAGACUCCUUAAGGGGAGUGAAAGGCAGGAUAUCAAGUCCAAACAACAACAACUCCUCCUCCUCCUCUUAUCACUAAAUGGAGUGUGAGGAGGAUGGGCCUAUGAAACCUGUACCCCUACCCUGCCUUACCCCCUUAAGGUCUGCUGCUUGAAGAAUUGAUACUGGAACAGGAAGAUGGGGAAUUAAAGCAGCAGUUUUCAGGUAGGUAGGGCAGGGAAAGGGGUUGUUCCCACCAAUCACACCACCCUUCUUCGUAGGCUAACCAACAAGCAGGCAUUUAACAAACACAGCUGUUGAGCCCCCAAUAGUUUUCUGGAAUUAGGCUGAUAGUACUUGAAAAAUACUUAAAAGUUAUAAAAAUAAAAAGGGUUCUUCUGUGAAUGCUGUGAAUUGAUGAAACAGAUAAGAAAGACAAUGAUGCUUAUCGUCCUACUUUUUCACCUUUUGCACAUCUUGGUUUUUGCUUCAGGAGGACCGAGUAAUCAGCAGUUGGGUCAUACUGCAAGAAUUUAAUGGAACUUUUUUUCUGGGUUGAGGAAAUAACUGGCUCCUGAGAACGCGCAUAUAUUGACAGAUGGAUUUUUAUUGUUUCUAUAGUGCCAUCUGUGCAUAUUGCAUUUUACAAAGAACAUGUUUUAUAGGACCCAACCCCAAAGCAUGUGUUCUUACCUGUGCUGUAUAUCCAUUGAAGAGAGUACUGAAAAAUCUAGCCCAUCCCUUUAUAGCCUUCUAAAUGAGGGUCUGCUUUGGAGUAAUGGGAUUUUAAAUGGCUGCAUCUGCUCAUAACUUUCUGCUUUGCAGUAUCAGUAGCUACAUGUGUUCACAGCCAACUUGGCCCAGAUCUUAUCCAGAAAACAAUGCUGAGUGAAAAAUUCAGAACUAGAUGACAAUGCAUACUGCAAUACAGCAGCUUGUCACCUUAAGCAUCUUCAUACAGUUAUUUGAGAUGAAGUAGCAGAUGAAGAUUCUUAGGCUCAUACCAGAUGGUUGUCUGGAAUACCCUUGCUAUGAAUCAUGGAUCAGAUGCAGUCUUGACUGAAUGUGUGUUAAGUAGCAAAAAGUAUGUAAACUGUUUUGAAUAAAUGUAGGAAUGAUUGCCAGGAGGUAAGUAAAGGUAUAAAAUGGCAGCAUUGAAAAGCGGGGCAUUUGAAGUGAGAGAGUGAUUUUAACUCCCUCUGUGUGCCCCAAACUGAUCAGCGUUUUUGUUCAUAUACUUGCUGUGUAUGAGCCCUUUGGUUGACUGGGUGGGGGAUAGAGAAGAGCCAUGCUGCUCUUGUGUGUUUGAGGGUAUUAGAGGGGUAAUAAGAGAUGGUGCCAUUGUAGUUGAAGCAGAUUGGUCUCCUGCUCACUCCACCCAUCUUACUUGCAGGUUGGCGGUUGUAACCAUAAGAUAUCAGAUCUGAACAGAAUGUAAAUCAAACUGUGCCUUGACAAACACAUAGCCUUUGCCUUUGUUUCCUGAUGUGGAAGUUGGUAAUAUUCAGGCUAACACAUUGUCAGUUUUCCCAGGACCGCUUUCCAUUGGUUGUCUAAUUUAAGGGAGAUAAUAGAAUCACUAAAACUUCCAGUCUGUAGUAAUCUCCAUAUAUGCAUACCCUUUUUACCUGUUUGAAACGUAUAAAGGCCUGAAAGUAGGCCCAUUGUCCAGCCAGUUUGGAGCCUGUGGUUUAAUUAAAAAUCCUACAGUGGAGGAAGAACUGUGGAGGCUAUAUUAUGAAACUGAUUCCACCCUCCCAACUUGGCAUGAAUUCCAAUAAAUAAGAAGUUUUUUGCUUUUGUAGACAAAGUAGCAAUGUCAAAUAGUAUCAAAUAGCAAUAUUCUCUAAAUAGGGAAAUUAACUAGAUUUUUAAAGUUGAUGAAAACUUUUUAGGCUAGAACAUUACUUCAGUAAAAGGACUUCAUUUGGUUCUGCAUAUAAUUAAAGCAUAGCUAGACAACAUACUUGAAAAAAAUCCUUGUCCUCUUUCCUCCCCAUAUAUCAUGUGCAGUUGAACAAAAUUAAAUGCUGUAUAAAGAAAUGUGCUACAUGAAGCUUAACCUGACUACUAUGCACUACUAUUCACUGUACAGAUGUUUAUUUUGCCAUAGUUGCCAUUAAAUUGGCUUUCUCUUGAUCACUGACACCUAACAUUUUUGUGCAAUGCGAACAGCAUUCUAACAUUGCAUAUUUCUCUAUUAGCAUUCAUAUGGACGAGUAUCUCAGAUACUACAUCCUCAGUGUAUUAGUUUGUGCAGCAAAAGAGUGAAAUCUAAGCUUUGUAAAGCCAGAUAGAAUAAAAUAGUAUAUCUUUAGCAGCCAUCAAUUGGCUCACUUCCUUGUUCAAGGUGACUUCUGUUUCUAAAAGGGGCCAGCACCCAGUUUAAGGCUGCCAAUUGAUUAUUAUAAACAGUGAGCAAGCAUCUGGCUUUACCGAAAGAUUAUUAACUGUUUUCUGAUCCGCUUUCUUGUAAUACAAAGAUGGUGUGACACACAGAGUGGUAAUUGCCUGUAGUGUGCAGACUAGAUGCCUUUUGCGUAAUUGUCUUGAUUGUAUGUUCACACUGAUGCUGAAAUAUUAACAAAGCCCUUGACUAGGCACCUAAGAUAUUAACCAGCUUCAGCAGAUAAUGCGUCUGACGGGGACACCCCCUGCAUAUCUCAUUAACAGGAUGCCCAGCCAUGAGGUGAGAUGUGGCAGGGUGUGCAUAGUUGUCUGCAGUUCAAAGCAUUUCUUUAUUCAUGGAUCUUUAGCCCAUCUUCCAGGGCAUAGCCCUACUAACGCUGCUCACAAAAUUGAAACAGCAUAGAACACUUAAAUACAUUAUCACAACUCUGUCCCCCAGUCUAAAACCAACGGUGUUUAAAAACCCCAGUACACUGCACUUAAACAGAAGAUAGACCUGAACAGUUCAGAAUCUACUUUAAGGCAAAUAUAAUUGGGUCUCAUGAAUUCAUAGAGGUGGAGCUACUACAACAGAAGUCUGUCUCUGCCAGAGGACUAGAGAUUAAGGCUCUUAAGGCCCAGGCAGGCCCAUAUGGGUGCAGGCAGUCCAUCAGAGAACCUGCUGCCAAACACUUUAGGUCUUUAAAGGCUAAAACCAUCACUUUAAAUUGAGCCUUGAAGCAAGCUGGCAACCAGUGAAACUGGUAUUGUGUAAGGUGCUCAAAACACCUAGCCCCCACAAGCAUUCUAGCAGCUGAGUUUCCAGAGCACAUUGAAAAGGUAAAGGACCCCUGACAGUUAAGUCCAGUCGCAGACGACUCUGGGGUUGCGGCGCUCAUCUCGCUUUACAGGCCGAGGGAGCCGGCGUGUGUCCGCAGACAGUUUUUCUGGGGUCAUGUGGCCAGCAUGACUAAGCCGCUUCUGGCGCAACCAGAGCAGAGCACAGAAACACCUUUACCUUCCCUCCAGAGCGGUACCAGCAAGUAGAUAUACUUGCACCUUUUUUGGCGUGCUUUCAAAUUGCUAGGUUGACAGGAGCUGGGACCAAGCAAUGGGAGCUCACCCCGUCACGGGGAUUCGAACUGCUGACCUUCUGAUAGGCAAGCCCAAGAGGCUCAGUGGUUUAGAUCAUGGCGCCACCCGCGUCUCUCUAUCCAGAGCACAUUAUGAUAGUCUAAUUUGGAGGUUGUCAGAACAUCGAUAAGUGAGGCAAGGUCUGCUUCUCUGCAUAGAGCCACAACUGGUGAACUUUCCUAAGCUGAUAGAAGGCUUCCCUUUAUAGUAACUAGGAUUUUUUAAAAUGUGCUACUACACAGCUGUAGGCAGCAUAAUUAGCUUAUACUUUGGGUCUUUUAAUAGCAAGUAAUGAAAAUCCACAAAAGAGAACCAAAUUUGCUGAAACUUUGUAAUUAAGUAGUCAACAGAUUGUAACUAUCCAUUUCAAAUGGGACUCUUCUAGUUAGUUGCAGAAAUAACAUUUGUAUUUGGUUAGUGCUCAACUACAUAAAGACACCUGGAUGCCACUGCUGACCUUCAGGAACUUGUCCUCACUUGCAGCAACCUUCAGUACAUAACAGGCAAUGUUCUUCCAGCCUUACAACUCAUAGUGCCCUAGUUCCAACGCUUGUUAAUUGUAUCUUUGUCGCUGUGGUCAGUCUGGAUGAGAAGGGGAUGAGGAUAAGAUAGAUGCUGAUUAAGCUCAAGCAGGAAAAAGUAGGCACUCGCAGGAGCUUAUAAUGAUUAGGAGGCACAACCUUAACAAAACGUUUUUCUUUUUCUCCAGGCAAGAAACUACAUACAGUCUUUGUCUUACAUGCCGAAGAUGAAUUUUGAAAAUGUAUUUAUUGGUGCCAACCCCUUGGGUAAGACUUAACAGCAGUUCCAUUACAGUGGAGAAUCCAUGCAAACAUUGAGAUGUUUAAUGUCUCUUGAGACAGACUGAUGUUUUAAAAUAGUGCUCUUUGUCCAGGAGGUGAAAUAACUAUUUAAAAUAUUUAUGGACUGCCUUUCUCAACAAAGUCAAUGUGAGGCUCAAGCCCACAACCCUGAGAUUAAGAGUCUCCUUCUCUACUGACUGAGCUAUCCCAGCUCAUCAAGUUCAACUCUGCAUCUUAGUGAAAACUUACUUUAUUUGUAAAUUUUGGUUCAAGAGAUAAUACAACCAAGUGUUUGUUUGUUAAAUACUACUUGUAGCUUCCUAUCUGAAGAGGAAUCCAAAGCUGUCCACUCAGAUUUUUUUUUCUUGCAGGUGCUAUUUGCAAAGCAGGUAUUGAUUGCAUACCGCUUGGGGUAUAUUUUAAAGUAAUACUCCCAAGUACAGCUUGAACCAUAAAUUACUCUCCAUUGUGAAAUUACAAUACUCCUGGGACUGAAUCCUUAUCUACUAUAGUUGGGAUGGGGAACUUUUGGCCCUCUUGAUGUUGUUGGACUCCUGACUUCCAUUAGUCCUAGCCAUUAUGGCCAAUGGUCAGGGGUGAUGGGAGUGGUAGUCUAGCAACAUCUGAAGGGCCACUGGUUCCCUGCCCUACAGCUUUAGGUGGGACUUUUUAAGAACUGUUGUACAAUAAUUCUCUCUCCUCCUCACCCCUUGACCCCUGAAGCUGUAGACUUGCUGGAGAAGAUGUUGGUGCUGGACACAGACAAACGAAUCACUGCUGCUGAAGCAUUGGCUCAUGCCUAUUUUACGCAGUAUCAUGACCCAGAUGAUGAGCCAGUGGCAGAUCCCUAUGAUCAAUCCUUCGAAAGCAGAGAACUUGAUAUUGAAGAAUGGAAAAGUAAGUUAUCUGGGAGACUGAUUUGGUAAGACAGGUCUUAAUGGGUGACAUUCACAAAUACUAUUAUUGUAUGCUCAUAUAGUGAAAGCAAAACUUGACAGGAGGUAAUAAAAUAGAAUGCAACUCAGUAUUUCUUUGAAUAGAGGAGGCAGGGGGCGAAAUAGCUCAGUUCUGGUGGUAUAUUGCAAAAAUAAAUAAAAAUACAGUCCUUUGAAUUUGAUGUCAAAUUAGGCCUGAACCUAAUUGGUGGGGGUUCACAAAACCUUUCUUAUUUCCAUGUGCUGUUACUUGUCAAAAGUGCUUUCUACAAUAUUUGCCUUUAAAACUGAAGAAGUGGGAUUUCUGUCAGAUUGAAUGAUUCUGUAGGGAAUAAUGUAGGCAGCAUAAUAUGCAGUUAAUCAAAACUGGAUACAUGAUGUCACAAUCAAAGUGGAGCAAGGGGAGCCGUUGCUCGGGGGGGGGGUGGAACACAUCCAAUGUUUCUCACAUCCUGCCCAACCGUUGCCAAAAUGAAGGUGUGCAGUUCAUGAGGGAUGAAGUCUGUAACACAGUGUUCUCCUCAGUUUCUGCAUAGUGUUACAUGAAACUGCUGCUCACAAAAGCAGUAAGUUUACCUGUACUGAAUUUGCUUAUUGGCCCAAUCCACCUCAUUGCAGAUUCUAAAUAUCUAUAAUUGGGGAUUCUACUGCUUCAUUAGGAUUUGAGGAAAAAGAGUCAUCAGCAUUCUGCACUUCAAAUCCCCACAGUAGUUUGUACACUUGACAGAACCGGGCUAACAGCUGCCAUGUGUUCUGUCACCUUGUUCCAGCACAGUGAUGACCAAACUUUGUCCUCCAGUUGUUUUGGGACUACAACUCCCAUCAUCCCUAGCUAACAGGACCAGUGGUCAGGGAUGGUGGGAAUUGUAGUCCCCAAAAAGCUAGAGGGCCAAGUUUGGCCAUCACUGCGAUCCAGCAAGUAGAUUCAGGUCUGGCCUAUAAUUAUGUGAAUCCAGUGUGCAAAUCUGGAAACAGCUAGUACUUAAUUUUAGUUCAACAAUCUUUGUUGACUCUGAGGAUUGAAUUAACUAGGAGUGAUGCAUUAUCUUGUAGGAAAGGAACUGUUACCCACCGGCUGCACUAAAGUCAAUGUCUUUCUCUUUUUCUCCACCAGGCCUAACCUAUGAUGAAGUAGUUAGCUUUGUGCCACCACCGCUUGAUCAAGAGGAGAUGGAGUCUUGAGAAUCUAUUUCUUUCUCUUUGUCCCAUAUCACUGUGAGGGGAAGGCCUUUUUCAUAGGGAUUCUCCACAUAUCAUUCAAGUGCCUCUUGCCGUGAAGAUUCUCCUUGGUGGAAGGGUUUUGUGUGUAAUUCGUGUGUGUGUGUGUGUGUGUGUGUGUGUGUGUGUUGAAUGGGGGUGGGUGGGAGAGUAUUUAUACAGUAACUGUAUAAAUAAUGCUGCAUGUUCUCUUGUAUUUUUGUAUACAGCCUGGGACAUGCUUCUGAAGACCUGUUUGUUUGCUCUUUAGCCUUUACAGUUGGUAACCAGCUUUCAUCGCUCAUAUGGCAAGGCAGAUAUUAUGCAGGGAAGCUGAGAUUUCAAAUUCUCAGUAGCAAUUCUUGCCAUUAAAUGGCUUUCCUAUCAAGAAAAGACUUAAGAUGAUGGAAGCUGAACUUUUACUUGAACUGUGCCCUCUGCUUUCGAAGAGAAAAGAGGGUGAGGGAUGUCUUUCCAUUCCAUGCCAUGCAGCUGCUUUACACCCAUAGCCUCUUCCCAGUAUUCUGUUCAGCAGGAAGGAUGGGCCCAUGAAUGACUGGCUACCUGUUGGGAAUAUUUUGUCUGAACCAGUGUAAAAAAAAAAAGUGUGUGCCUUAAAUGACUGAGGAGAAAUUGGAAUCGGGGUUAGUGUUCUCUUAACAGUGGGAUUCUGAGCUUGCUGCUUCCUAGGGUGUUGUGGGCCACAGAAUACCCAUGUAUUACUGGCUGCUUUGGCCAGGAUACAAAUCUACCAAAAAUAGGGUGCACCCCUCAUUUUUGGUAUCCUCUCUCUUCCCUGCCCAACUCUGAGAUGCCCAGCAGUAGCUCUGUCAUGCUGCCUGUUCAUUUUGUAUAUCAUCUUAAGAGAGAGUGUUUUGCAUGUUGUAGCUGUGUAUGCAUGUAGGCUUCUUUGUGUUAUCUGGAGGAGGCACUGGGUUGGUAAUCAGCUAAUAAAUUACUGUAUUCACUACCAUGGUCAGAGCCAUAUACAAUUGCAGAAUCCAUCUAUUCUUCUUCAACUCAUGGGUUGACAUUUUGGGCACUUUUUGGAUGAAAAGGGGCAAGUGAACAUGCACCUUUCUUGGAUCUUCCUUUUGUGGCUUUAAAUACGAGUUAAUUUGUCAGUUUGUGUGUGCCUGAACACAAGAUUCAGUUCACUGUAUUCAUAUAUGAUAGAAAUCAAGUAAUGAUGAGAUUGCCCUAUUUAGGGACUAAGUGGGGGGCAUCACUUCAAGUAUUUUGUGUCCAUCAGGUGUUCUGGGUAUCUGAGGUCCUAUUUUUAAAGUAUUUUCUGAAAUUUAUAUAAUGCAGGUAUCAUGCAUGGAUUGUACGUCUGUCUCUGAAAGAGUGAAGCUUUGCAGUAUUUUUGUUUUUCCUAAUGGAUCUGGGAUUUUAAUGUAUUUAUCCCUUUUGUACAGAGAAGCCGCCAAAAAAGAGAAAGAAAAAAAAGAUGGCAUGUGGAUAAUAAAGCCAUCAGUUCCUUCCUUUCUAGUGAUCUCCCUUCAGGUCAUACCCUCUGUAGAGAGACUUGGGGUCCAGAGAGCAGUGCUGCUUCAUGUUUCUGGUUUGGAGGCCAUCUUAAGACCAAACAAAGUCAACUCCCUCUGCUGGACCUGCAGUCUGGGUAUUCAGAUGGAAAUGUAGAUAUAUUCUGUAAAACAUAACAGGAAGAUUAUUUUUAUCAGUCGUUUUAUGUGUAGAUGCUACCGUGUGACUUUCAUGCAGAAAUGCUAUAAAAAAGAAUUUAAAAACUUAUAGGUAUUUGUGUGAGUGGGAAUAUCUCAGAAGUUGAGAGUCUAUGUGGGAGCCCCUGUGGAGAGCACUCCCUGUCAUUUAGUGUGGUGCUGUUCUACUGCCUCAACUCUGGACAGAAAGUACACACAUUAAAAGAUAAUUUCUGCAAAUUUGUAUGUAUCCAGGAACUUUGCUCUAACUGGUUAUGCCAUAUAGGAUUAUCACACAAUGCCACUGGUUUAAAAUAAACCUAUUUUUCAAACUUAAUGGACUGGCGGUGGUGGUUGCAAAUUAAUGUGUGUCUGUAAUUAGGGUGAAUCAUUCAUUGAGGCAAUGGAUAUGAUGCGGUAAUGUCUUACAGUUAAUAAUAGCACUAUGUGUAAAAAGCAAGGGAAAAAAUCUUAACUGGCCACUGUGUGUUAGGUGGUGGUUGUGUUGCCUUUUUAAAUGCCCCCCCAACCCAAUUACUCUCUUGAAUAAAAUAAUCAAACUAAGCCUGUUCAAAUUUGUAAA